GAUAACACCACAAACUCCUCCCAUCAAACGUCCCCAUGCUCUCGAACUCCAUCUACACGUUGCUAGCCCUUUCUGUGAGCGAUUUGUGAGCUAAGCUCAAUAUUUGAGGCGCAUUCGGGCGCAUCCACUUCACACGUCAACAUACCUCAUACCACAUACCGCCAUCCACAUUCCAACAUGCCCUCCGUAGAGCGAGAUAGCUCGCGCGAUAGCGAGAGAUAUCUUAGACAUCAGCAAACGCCCUCCUCAGAUGUCAGCCGGGCCAUAGUCCCCAUGUAAGGUGGCUUCUUUGUUCGCACAAUACCAUGCUAAUACGCCGCGUCUAGGUGGGAUAGUUCUGAUCCCGAACGAGCUCCUCCUCCACUUCCUAUGAACCCUUCCUCUCCAAUUGUCGCAUCUAGACCACACACCUCCACUGCUAUUAAAAAUGCACAUGCUGCGUUGACUGAAAAAGCUCGCGAAAAUACAUACAUUACGAAUCCUCCCCCAAAACGACUUGAACCCUCACCCGAGCGGUCCUUGAUAGUCAAAACUGCUCACAAGCGUAUGCAAUCUCUACAGCCUGGCAAUGUACGCGAUUUGAGUAGCUUCCUGGAGAGUGGUACAGCAUUUUCCUCACCAACUUCGCCCGAUAAGUCCGCGAAAAGACCAUCUACUCCACAUGGACCGAAGGACUUUUUCUUAGAAGGACUAUCGCUAGAGAAACCUCCUGAGAAAGAAGAUUGCCAUACUCCACGAUCCACAACCCCAACUCCUAGCCGAGACUCAUCAACUCGUGACAUGAUGUCAGUACGUCCAUCCUUACGAAGACCACCGCAAAGCAUAUUGGGGGAAAACACGCCGCCGCAGUCUGCAACAAUGAUUGCCUUACAAUCAAUGGCGAGUAAGGAUGCGGAUGCACCUCCGCCACUCUCCAAUGUUACAAAUGGAUCAACAGCGGCCAAUCGUACGCCACAGACCUUUGAUGCAAUAUCGAACCAGAUUCUGAGCCUCACAAGCAUUGCCACAAGUUUACAACGAGAAAUGGCUCAACUCAGUCGGAGAAGCAAGGAUAAUGCGACCGACCUUGUCAGUCUGAAGGAGGCUACAAACGCGAGGGAUGAGGAUAUCCGGAAGAGCUUAAGGGAGCUGGUUAGUAAUCUAUCAGAGUCCGGUUCCCGGUCACCACCCAGCGAUCUCUACCAAAACCCAAUAUAUCUGGAUGCAAAGGCAUUGCACACUAAGAAUAUCAAGCCAUUUACUCUUCCACGAAUACCUAGCCCCAAUAGUUUCGCUGCCUCGUUGGACAGAGAAUCCGUCACCAGUGCCAGUGCUUGUCCCUUUGGAGUCGAAAAUGCCGCCAGCGUUGCCUUACUCGAGAAGAUUUUGCGUGAUAUGGGGACAAAAGAAGGCCAGGAAAAUCUUGUGGCUAAACUCAUGGAGGUCGGAGAACGUCUAUCCAAGGAUGAAGUAUCGACGGCAAAGAAGCUUGAGGAGUUGCUAGAGGUCGUGAAGAGUAAUUCUACCCAAUCAAUGGUAACCCAAAAACCUGCGAAUACUGGGAACAGACCCCGCACUUUCAGCUUUGACGAUUCACCCAACUUGGAACUGGAUUUUGAUCAGCCAAAAUCUGGACAAUUAUCUGCAAGAGUAGAAGCUCUCUUCGGAGGAUCAGGACAAAACAAGGAAAGCCAGAGUGCGCCCGGAAGCGUUCGAGGAGCAGAUAUUGUCAACGAUGAGCUUAUGAAGAUCAUCCGGACGAUAAAAGACAGCGUUGCUCAAGGUGGCGGUCUUACAGCGGAGGUAAAGGCUCUGGUUCGCGAACUUCGCGGAGAAGUUUUAGGAAUGGGUCGCGAGAUUGGACGAAAGCUGGAGCAGGCUAAUAGCAAAGAUUCAGGUGCAAAGGAUCUUGCUGCUGAGAAGAACCAGAUAGCCCGUGUUAUCAACAACGGCUUGGAGGAGUUGAAGCAGCACAUGGAUGAUUUACUAUGUGAAAAUCAACGAGAAACGGCUUCUGCAGUUGUGCGCAAUCCUGUUGACUACCAGGAGAUAUACAACGCAAUGCGGGCUGCAAUAAACGAGAAGCCUAAGGAGUCUGGGACGCCGGAGCUCGUGAAAGACGACAUAAUUGGAGCUGUUCGCGAAGCCUGGGAGACCUACAAACCCGACAUUGAGGUUGAACACUUCGGAUUGGAGCGGGAGGAGCUCUUGGCUUGUCUAAAAGAGGGAAUUCAGGAGUACGUUCCCCAAAAUAGCGCUCAAGAUGUCGGAGGUGCAACACGGGAGGAGGUAUUUGAGGCCGUUAUUGAGGGUCUUAAACACUUCUCUCCGCCACGAGUGGAAACUGAGGCCAGCCUCUCACGCGAAGAAAUUCUCGAUGCAGUUCGGGAAUGUCUAGAAGAGUUUGAGUUCCCAGCAGCACCAAUGCUUGAGCCAAGAGAGCCGGAGGUCACUCGUAUGGACAUGCUUCACGCAGUCCAAGAAGGUCUACAGUCUUUUGAUUUUGCCGCCACUAGCACAGCACUUACCCACGAUGUCGGUGGAAAUGUGACUCGGAACGAUAUGCUAGAUGCCGUCAAGGAAGGUCUCCACACAUUUGACUUCGCAACAACAUCGAAUCGCAUCAAGGAAUUCAGUAUAACCCGUGAAGAUGUCCUUCAUGCGGUCAACGAGGGCCUUCAUACUUUCGACUUCACCGAGCAUACUCCCACACGCGAUGAUCUUCUGGAUACCGUCAAGGAAGGCCUCGAGAGUUUCGAUUUUCCAAAUGCUCCAACGACUCGUGACGAACUUCUUGAAAUUGUUACUGAAGCGCUCCAUAUCUUCGAUUUCCCAACAACUUUCACUUCGACUGGGGCUGCCAUGACCCGCGACGAGAUUCUUGACGCCAUUAGAGACGGAAUCAAUAAUUCUGACUUUGGCUCAAACUCUAUGGCUUUGAGUAAAGAUGUCGGAGGGCCACUGAAUCGGAAUGAUGUCUACGAUGCUGUUCGAGCAGGCAUUCGAGAAGCUCCGAUCCAGAGAGAUCCAUGGAGCGAGCAGGUCUUGGAACGACUCCAGGAAUUGAUGGACUAUGUGGAAGGCGGGUUCAAGGGAGUAUCUGACGAGGCCAAGCAAAAUAUUGCUGCGUCUGGUAGAGAUACUGAGCAACUACUCGAUGCUUCAAAGGAUAGCUUCGAGAACCUUCGUGCCGAAAUUGAGGCCUACGUUGACCAGGUCGCCAGCGGCAUCAACAAAGAUGAAAUACUGGAGAGUAUCAGUGAGAACUUUAGCAAACUUAGUGUCGACAUUGAAACUUUACUUGCCAGCAAACCAGAAAAUUCGAUGGAGAUUGUUCGUGGGGAAUUAGAGCACCUCCGAGGAGCCAUGGCCACCGCUUUAGUACGUCCGGAUGGAAACACCGACAGAGACGAAUUUCUAGAUGCCCUUCGAGAUGGGUUCAACAGUAUCCGUGCAGACAUGGACAAACCUCAAGGGAAUCCCAAUGAAGUUAUUCUUUCUGGCAACCGUGAGAUAUUGGAGACUCUUGAUGAAGGUCUGACUGGAUUGCGCACAGAGAUUGAGAAGGUUCACAACAAACCUGUUGACAUGACCGUCAAUUAUGAAAUCCUGGAUACCUUGAAAACUGGUCUUGAAGGUGUUAAGGCAGACCUCGAUCGUCUUCGCGAGAACGGGUUCGGUGAAACAGCAGUAGCGGAAAUCAAUAGCCGUGCUAUUGUUACUACUGAUAAUAAAGAAACUGGUCUCAAGCGAAACGACAUUGAAAACUUGGAGGGUCUUAUUACGCAGCUACGAAUCAAGGUGGAGUCUCUAGAUUGUGUGCCCCCACAGCCAUCCGAACCAGCUCCCGGGUCGCUGUCCAAAGAUGAUCUUGUUAGUGUUGAGAAGAGGCUUGCCAGUGUACAAGAGUCUGUUAUAGAUAUGCUCAAUCGUGACCGAGCACCGCCGCCUGUCGAGGAAAUUAUCAAGAGAGAAGAUAUCGAGGCUAUCGAAACCCUCCUCAGGAACACGAAAGCCAAGAUAGAUGAUAUAGAUCCGGAGCAGACAGUCAAGAAGGAGCAUCUCGAUGCCGUUGAGGUGCUACUUUUCGAAACCCGCGAGAGCAUAACCGAGCUGAAAACUCACCUUGAUGACGUUACCAAGACGGAUGAUAUCAGCAUGGUAGAAGGGUUACUUCGUGGGGUAGUUGAAGGCCUGGAUGAAAUGAAACAACGGAUGGAAAAGGAGGAGCAGAAUGUUGAGAAGGUCACAAAGACAGAUGUGGAAGCUGUCGAGGCUGUAUGCUUGGAUGUCAAAGCAGCCAUAGAGCAGAGAGUGCUGCCAGAUAUUGCCGAUCUCGCUUCAAAGGGUGAUGUGAAAACUCUUGGUGAUCUGGUUAAGGAGGUCAACGGUCGGAUUGAAACUCAUGCGGGAUCCAACGCCAAAUCCUUUGAAGAACGACAAGCAGAAACCGUUGGAGUCGGUGAACGAGUGUCCGAGGUCAGAACCUUCCUUGAGGAGUUCAAGGAAGCGGUUAGGGAAAAGAUGGAGGAAGGAUCAUCCAACCUUGCAACUUUGGGCAAAUUUCUCGAGAGCAUGGGGGAAACUGUUGGCCAGAAUGCUAAUGUGACUGAUGAUAUCAAGGACAUGUUUGAGAUGGUCAAGUCGGAAUUUGAGAAGUCAAACGCUGGCGUUGUCGGCUCCAAGCUUGACGCAGAUGAAAAGUUUCAGACUACCUGGGACAAAUUUGACGCCAAGCUCGACGAAAAAUUUGACGAACUAAUGAUGAAAUAUGAGGACGCAGAAUUGGCUGCGGACGCAAAGGCCAAAGCAGUAGAUGAGAAGAUGGCUGAGGUUGAAGUUGCGACGUUGAGCACAAAGACUGUGGGCGAAGAAGUCAAAUUGCUGGUCGAUACUCUGGGUGCGACUGUGACGGAUUCUGUCGAAAAGAUGGACGAAGCAUCAAAGACAGUUUUCAACCGUGUUGACGAAACCUUUACAAGAGUCGAGGAAUAUCAUGUCGACGCCAAAACAGAGCACCAGCUUACCCGUGAGGAAGUCUUCAAGAGCAUUGCUGCCAUUGAGGGGGUGCAGGGCCAGGUCACGGAGUACAGUCCCAAGAUUCUUGAAUCAAUCAAGGAUGUUUUGGUUAUGGUCGGUGAACACUUCGAGCACUCCAAGACAGCGACUACAACAAUCCAGCAAAAGAUUGCGGAUAUUCCUCCACCUCCUCCGCCUGUGCAAAUGAUCGAGCCACCUGAGAUCGAAAAAUAUGAUGAUGCUCCGGUUCAUGAAAAACUUGACAAACUAGUGGACCAUAUGCAGGCUGCCGGAAAGUCUUUCUCACAGCUUGACAUGUUAGAUCAGAUACAUCAAAAAGUCUUGCAAACAGCAGCUGAAGUAUCUGAAUUUGUAUCUGCACAAACUCAACGCAUCGCCGACGAACACGAAGAUAGGGAAAAGGCAGUUGAGGCUGCCACAAUUGCUCUGGAGAAACGCAACUCGCAAAAAGAGCAAGUUGAGGCUACGAUUGUAGGUCUUCGGGAGGAAGAAUUGCAAUUGAAGGGAUCCGUUGCUACUUUGAAAACUGAGCAAGAUGUUCUGUCUGCUCAAAAGAUGAAACUUUCCGCUGACGUUUCUGGGCUCGAAACUGCAUUACGCAUUCGUCGUGAAGAGCUCCAUGAGAUGGAGGCAAGAGCCGCGCAACUAGAACGCCGCAUCUUGGAAGGGGUUAUUGACCAUUCUCGGGCUUUCCUCCUUUCCAAAUCGAAUACGAAAGGCCGUGAUGCAAUGAGUCGAAAACGAGUUCCAAGUCAUGCUACUUCAACUACUGGAUCUAUUGCCUCUUCAGUAGUCACCGCGCCACGGCCCACAUCGAGAGCAUCACACACAAGCAAUGUCACCCAGAGUGCGGUUAAUAUGGCGAUGAACGGAAAUCGCGCCUUAAUGAAAGUACCCAGCAAUAAUACUACUGGUGGAGCCUCCCGUCGAAUUCUCUCGCUUAAUCAGAUCACUCACAAUGUACCUACCGGUGCUAUGGCACACAGUAUGCCUCCAGGUGGCAUGAAGCGCAGCCACAGUGUCAAGUCCUCAGCGUUGUCCGCGGUCCCUCGCAAGACAAGUUGGGGUGGGUCCAUGAAGAACAAGAAAUACGGUGAUCUGAACAAGGAGAACUUGGCACUCAAGGAAAGCGAGGAAGACGAGCUGAGUGAUGCGGAUCACCAGAGCGAGGGUGAUCGACGAACUAGUAUCGGUACUACCAUCUUGACGAGCACCGGUACGGGUUUGAGUGAGAGUGUUAUUGAUGAGGGCACAGAGUGGACGGGUAGUAUUGAUGGCGAUUCGGAUAGUCAGGUUACGGGCAGUACUAUUACGGAGGGCGAGGAUGAGCCAGCUGCUAUGGUUCUUUAUGAUGAGGAGGUGGCGGCUGUUGCGGCGUGAGGGGAACUGAGUGAGUGAGUGAGUAUGUCGGAUCAGGGAUCCCAGGACUCUUCAUUAUGUUUACUCUCUUCUUCUCUUCUUCUCUUCUUCUCUUCUCUUCUCCGUUAUUUUUUUGAGGACGCUGGUAUGUCGGAUUAUGACCUUGUAAAUACUCUUUUUGUCAUUUUAUGGUUCUGUUUAUGCGAGCGUGGUGGAUGGGAUGGAUGGAUGGGUGGGUGGAAUUGGGGAGGAAAUGGGUUGAUG